AUGGAAAUUAUUGAGAAAUUGCUAGACAACGAAUGUUUGGUUUGUCAAAAUCCAUCAAGAGGAAUGCAUUUUGGAGCAAAUACUUGUAGAGCAUGCGCCGCUUUUUUCAGGUAACCUAAUUUCUCAUAAAAAUUCGUAAUUAAAUAUUUUCAGAAGAGCUACAUUAUUAAAUUUGCAAUUUGAAUGCAUUAAAAAGAAUAAUAAUUGUGGUGGAGAUAAAAACAGAAGAUUUAUAUGUAAAUCAUGUCGAUUUUCGAAAUGUUUAGAAAUUGGAAUGACUUCGAAAAGUUUGUUAUUAUUUCUCAAGAAAUUUUUUUUUUUUUUUUUUUUUGCAGAAGUAAAAAUAGAUUAUGAUCCAACAUUAUCAAUGAAACAAUUAUUUGAUGAUUAUUAUACAACAAGUGAAGAAUCAAAUACAAGUUCAUUAACAAAUUCACCAAGUUUUUCGAUAUCUGAAGAAGAAGCAGCAGAAAAUGAUAUUAUAUUCAAUUUUAUACCAAAAUCUUCGAAAAAACCAAUUGCAAUUAUUGAUUUUUCGGAUUUAACACAAAAAAUCGAAGUGAUAUUUGAUUCAAAUGAAGAUAAUAAUGGAAAAAAAUGA